GAACAAAAGAAAUAAAAGACCAAAUGCUCAUGCUCCUAAAUCAAGCAUUGGGGGAAUUUCAUCGAACACCUUGUAUGCAUUUUGUAUCCGUUUGAGAAAACUAUAGUAGAAACAUGCAGAGAAGAAAGCGGAUCACGCAAAUCUCACUCUCCGUAAUCAGCAAAACGCGCUUCUCAUCUUCUUCCAUCAAACCCCUAACCAAUCUCGACUUCCCCUACUCAAAAGCCACCGACGACGAUCCUCUCUACGCCGACGUGCCCAAGCCUCGGAAGGAUAAAUCGGAGAGGAAGCCUUAUCCCACUCCGAUGAAGGAGCUGAUUCGUCGCGCCAAGGAGGAGAAAGAGCUCAGAAAAUCGCAGCCCUGUCGAGUACUUGGAGAUCCGCCGGAUAACGGUUUGCUCGUGCCGGAGCUCGUCCACGUGGCUCGCAGAGUUCACCGUUGCCGCGCCUCGUUACUCUCCGGGCUCUCUGCAAUCAUCCAUCACCAUGUCUCUUUUCAUCGCUGCAGAUUCUGCUCUGAGGUUCACAUUGGCAAGGAAGGUCACGGAAUCAGGACUUGCACAGGCCCCGGAAGCGGUUCAAGAAGCGCGACUCAUGUAUGGAAAAAAGGAAGAGCUAGCGACGUCGUCUUGUUCCCAAAAUGUUUUCACCUCUACGACCGUGCUGUCAAACCGAGAGUCAUCCACGGCGAGAGGUUCACCGUCCCUAAGAUCUCUGCGGUUCUUGAGUUAUGCAUACAGGCAGGCGUAGACCUCGAGAAGUUCCCAGCGAAGCGAAGAUCCAAACCCGUUUACAGCAUCGAAGGACGGGUCGUAGAUUUCGAAGAAGUCAACAACGGGAACUCAGAAACUGCAGUUACCACUACUACUACAGCUACACCUUUACAAGAAGAUGAUCAUUACACUGCAGAGAAGAAGAGCUUGAAGGAGUUAAGCGUUGAGACAAUGGACUCAUGGUUUGAAAUGGUCACAGGGGUCAAGGAACUGAUGGGGAGAUACAAAGUCUGGACUUGUGGUUACUGUCCAGAGAUUCAAGUGGGUCCCAAGGGACACAAAGUGAAGAUGUGUAAAGCGACAAAGCAUCAGAUGCGAGACGGAAUGCACGCGUGGCAAGAAGCGACUAUUGACGAUGUGGUCGGUCCAAACUAUGUGUGGCAUGUUCGGGAUCCAGAUGCUUCUGCUCUUGACAAUAGCUUGCAGAGGUUUUAUGGGAAAGCUCCUGCGGUUGUGGAAUUGUGUGUGCAAGGUGGUGCACCAGUGCCUGACCAGUACAAGAGUAUGAUGAGGCUCGAUGUGGUUUACCCCCAACGUGAUGAAGUCGAUCUAGUCGCGUGACUUUUCAAGGUGAUUCAGCAUCAAGAAACAAUUGAUAU